AAAAAAUAAGAUGCUUGCAUAUAAACCGUGUUAGUAUUUCGAUAUUCUUCUUUAGUUAGUUAAUCAGUUAUUUGUAUAAUCUUACACAAACUUGAUUUACUACUUCUUCUUCUCUACAGUCACAGCUUAGGCAAAGACACCUCUUCUUUUUGAUCCCAAAAGAGUCUUUUUUUUUUAUUAUUAUUAUUGAUGAUCCGACCCGGGCAAUUUUGAUGCAAUUAAUAAAGUUUCUUGAAAUUUAAAUUCAUUAUAAAUAAAAUACAUAUUCAAACAUAAUAUUUCUGUUAUUUUAUCAGUACGCGUCAGUUGUAUACAAAAAGAAAAAGAUGGACAAAUAUAUUGGAGUCUAUGUAAAGCUUGUACUUAAUACAGGUUCUAUUGUCAAAGGAUAUAUUAAUGGAAAAGAUGAACAAGGCCGACUAGUGUUAAAAGAUGCGAUGAUUGAGCAUAGAAAUGGUUUUCAUUCAGAAGAGACUUUACUGCCAAUUAUUACAAAAAACAUUAAAGAUUUAGAAGUAUUACAAAUGAAUAAAGUCAAUCAACAACAACAACAACAACAACAACAACAACAACAGUCAGAAUCGCAACAAUCACAACAGCAAAUAUUUCAGCAGCAGCAGCACAUGCAUUAUCCACAACAACGACAACCGAUGCCUCAUCAGCCAAUGCAACGGCCAAUGCAACAACAGCCAAUGCAACAACAGCCAAUGCAACAACAGCCAAUGCAACAGCAGCCAAUGCCACAUCAGCCAAUGCAACAGCAGCCAAUGUCACAUCAGCCAAUGCAACGGCCAAUGCCAUCACCACAGCCAAUGCAACAACAGCAGCUUAAUACACUAAAAUUUGCUUCUGAAGCGCCUACAAAUUCUAUGAUGCAUAUGGACCCUGCUAUUUUAUUUCAUCAACAAAGCCCUAAUUUGCCUAAGGAUCCUGCAAUCAUCUCUACUCAACCAUCAUCUUCUAAUUAUGAAUCUAUGAAUAAAGCGUCGUCAAGCACAAAUAGUAAUUUUGAUCCUGCUAUUUUAUUUACUCAAUCAAAGCCCAUAUCACUUGAUCCUUCCGUUCUUUUUCAACAAGAAAAAAAGUCUACUCCUUUCCAAGAUCCUGCCAUCAUUAGUAUCACAAAUUCCCCUAAAUUUGUUCCCGAAGUUAAAAAGCCACUUUUUGGAAACAAAAAAUGAAUAAGCCUGUUAAAGAAGUUGUCAUCUUUGAAGACUAUUCUGAUUUUGAAAAGGGGAAAGCGUCUAUUAAAAAGUCAACUGAAUCGUCAGCAGAAAUAAAACAAACAAAUCCCAAGAAGGAACCGUCAAAGGACACAUCAUCUGUAGGAGCUAAUAUUCCUGCUGUUCUUAUUCCUCCUCGAGUCAGAAGAAACGGUUCUUCGAAUGACACACAACAACAGACUAAGAAAACGACAUUAACACGUUCACGAAUUUUGACAGUCGC